AUGGGCUAUGAAGAAAAAUUGGCAGUACCUGCCUUGAAGUUUAGAUUGUUUUUGGAUAAGUUCCCAAAUAUUUCCAAUGUAUAUGUUGUUGCAUCUAUUUCAUGUAUAUCGGGGUUAAUGUUUGGUGUUGAUAUUUCCUCUAUGUCUGCGUUUCUAAAUAAUCCAAAUUAUCUUGACUUCUUUAACAAGCCUGAUACAACGAUUCAAAGUUUUAUAACUGCUUCUAUGGCCUUCGGAUCUAUUUUUGGCUCAAUCUCUUCAUCAUUUGUAUCAGAACCAUUUGGAAGAAGAGCGUCUUUGAUGUUGUGUGGUUUCUUCUGGAGUGUUGGUGCCGCAAUUCAAUCGUCUUCCCAAAAUCGAGUUCAAUUAAUUUUGGGUCGUAUAAUUUCCGGAUUUGGGGUUGGAUUUGGCUCAUCUGUGGCCCCUGUGUAUGGCUCUGAAUUGGCUCCAAGAAACAUUAGAGGUCUAAUUGGUGGGUUGUUCCAAUUAUCUAUCUGUACUGGUAUUUUGAUUAUGUUUUAUAUUAGUUUUGGUUUGGGUCAUAUCGAUAGCACUGCAUCAUUCAGGAUAGCUUGGGCUUUGCAAAUUAUUCCUGGACUUGCCUUGUUAGUUGGAUGCUUCUUCAUCCCAGAAUCCCCAAGAUGGUUAGCUAGACAGAACUGUUGGGAAGAGGCUGAAAUUAUUAUCGCGAAUAUCCAAGCCAAUGGUGACAGAGAAAACCCAGAUGUUCUAAUCGAAAUAUCAGAAAUUAAGGAGCAGCUAAUAAUGUCCGAAAACGCCAAAUCUUUCACCUACCUUGACUUGUUUUCAAAGAAAUAUAUUUUCAGGACGUUCACCGCAAUUUCGGCACAAAUUUGGCAAAAUCUUACUGGAAUAAACACCUUGAUGUAUUAUAUCGUUUAUAUUUUCGACAUGGCCGGUUACAGUGGUGAUCAGAACUUAAUUGCUUCUUCGAUUCAAUAUGUUUUAAAUUUUGUGAUGACUGUUCCUGCAUUAUAUUUAAUAGAUAAACUUGGUAGAAGACCAAUCUUAUUAACAGGUGCAGCAUUUAUGAUGAUAUGGCAAUUUGCUAUUGGUGGAAUUUUAGCCACAUAUGGGCAGCCAACGGAUGAAGUAAAAGGCAAUGAUACUGUACGAUUGAGAAUCCCUGAAGAAGACAAAUCUGCAGCAAAGGCAGUUAUUGCUUGCUGCUAUUUAUUUAUUGUAGCCUUCGCCCCUAGUUGGGGUGUAUGUUUGUGGACAUACUGUGCAGAGGUAUGGGGCGACAAUCUUUCUAGACAAAGAGGUAAUGCAUUAACUUGUGUCGGUAAUUGGAGUAUGAAUUUUACAAUCGCAAUGUUCACGCCAUCAGCCUUUAGGAAUAUUUCUUGGAAAACGUACUUUAUUUUUGGCAUUUUCUGUGGAUGUAUGUUCCUUCACGUCUUUUUUUGCUACCCUGAAACUAAGGGCAAGAGGUUGGAAGAAAUAGGACAAAUUUGGGAGGAGAAAGUUCCAGCUUGGAGGUCAGCCUCUUGGGAGCCACAUAUUCCAAUACUAUCUGACAAUGAACUACAAAUCAAAAUGGAGGUCGAGCAUAAAGAGUCAAUUGAGUGA